AUGACGAGUAAAGAUAGCUAUGAUAAAGAAUCACCAGUAAAACGUGUGGAUUCGAACGAACCAACUAUCUCACUUGAGACACAAACCAAGAGAUCAGAAUCUGCUAAUGACUCUACAACGUCACACGAAAUAUAUAAAGUACAAAAGAAAUUAGAGUCCUAUACAAAAAGGUUGUCUCAAUUGGGCUUAGGUCUAGAUAGUGAAACAAGUAGUAGCGAAUUCUCUCAAACUUCUUCAAAUUAUUUGGUUCCAGAAGACAAUACUCAGAUACAUGUUAGAGGAUAUUUCUCUGUUGAAAACACACAGUCGCUAACUAAAGAAGAUCCAGAUAAUGAUAAAGUGUAUGGUCAUACAAAAUUAAGUUCCCCAGAAGAUCCAUCAGGUAUGAAAGUUAAGGUCAAGUUCCAGCCCAUAGGAUCCAUUCCUUCUUUGAAACCUAAGAACACAUGUGUAAUAUCUUAUAAUAAACCAUUCUCUACCAUAAUUCUCUUUUUGAAGAAAAGAAUAAAGGUUAAUCAUGUCUUCUGUUAUAUUAAUAAUUCUUUUGCACCUAGUCCUGAUGAAAGAGUGGGAGAUCUUUGGAAUCAAUUCAAAGUGAAUGAUGAACUUAUAAUUAGUUAUUGUGCAAUUGUUGCAUUUGGUUAA